AUGAUGCCGUUUCCGGUGACAACCCAGGGAUCACAACAGACGGCGCCUCCGCAGAAGCACUAUGGCAUCUCCUCCCCUAUCAGUCUAGCUGCCCCCAAGGACACUGACUGCACACUUACCCAGAAAUUAAUCGAAACCCUGAAGCCCUUUGGGGUCUUUGAAGAGGAAGAGGAACUGCAGCGCAGGAUUUUAAUUUUGGAAAAAUUGAAUAAUCUGGUAAAGGAAUGGAUUCGAGAAAUCAGUGAAAGCAAGAGUCUUCCACAAGCUGUAAUUGAAAAUGUUGGGGGAAAAAUUUUUACAUUCGGCUCUUAUAGAUUAGGAGUACAUACAAAAGGUGCCGAUAUUGAUGCUUUGUGUGUUGCACCAAGACAUGUUGAUCGAAGCGACUUUUUUACCUCAUUCUAUGAUAAAUUGAAACUACAGGAAGAAGUAAAAGAUUUAAGGGCUGUUGAGGAGGCGUUUGUACCAGUUAUCAAACUAUGUUUUGAUGGGAUAGAGAUUGAUAUUUUGUUUGCAAGAUUAGCACUGCAGACUAUUCCAGAAGAUUUGGACCUAAGAGAUGACAGUCUGCUUAAAAAUUUAGAUAUUAGAUGCAUAAGAAGCCUUAAUGGUUGCCGGGUAACAGAUGAAAUUUUACAUCUAGUGCCAAACAUUGACAACUUCAGGUUAACUCUGAGAGCCAUCAAACUGUGGGCCAAGUGUCACAAUAUCUAUUCUAAUAUAUUAGGUUUCCUUGGAGGUGUUUCCUGGGCUAUGCUAGUAGCUAGAACUUGCCAGCUUUAUCCAAAUGCAGUAGCGUCAACUCUUGUACGUAAAUUCUUCUUGGUAUUUUCUGAAUGGGAAUGGCCAAAUCCAGUGUUACUGAAAGAGCCUGAAGAAAGGAAUCUUAAUUUACCUGUGUGGGACCCAAGAGUAAAUCCCAGUGAUAGGUAUCAUCUUAUGCCUAUAAUUACACCAGCAUACCCACAACAGAACUCCACAUACAAUGUGUCUGUUUCAACCAGGAUGGUCAUGAUUGAAGAAUUUAAACAAGGGCUUGCUAUCACACAUGAAAUUUUGCUGAGUAAGGCAGAGUGGUCCAAACUUUUUGAAGCUCCAAGCUUCUUUCAAAAGUACAAGCAUUAUAUUGUACUUCUGGCAAGUGCACCAACAGAAAAACAACAUCUAGAAUGGGUAGGGUUGGUGGAAUCAAAGAUCCGAAUCCUGGUUGGGAGCUUAGAGAAGAAUGAAUUUAUUACUCUGGCACAUGUGAAUCCUCAGUCAUUUCCAGCACCCAAAGAAAAUCCUGAGAAGGAAGAAUUUCGUACAAUGUGGGUAAUUGGGUUAGUGUUAAAGAAGCCAGAAAACUCUGAAAUUCUCAGUAUUGAUCUCACCUAUGAUAUUCAGUCUUUCACAGAUACAGUUUAUAGGCAAGCAAUAAAUACUAAAAUGUUUGAGAUGGAUAUGAAGAUUGCUGCCAUGCAUUUGAAAAGAAAGGAACUUCAUCAAUUACUGCCUGAUCAUGUGCUUCAGAAAAAGAAAACACAGACAGAAGGUGUGAGAUUAACAGCUUUGAAUGACAACAGGCUUGACUUGUCUGUAGACAGUGAAAACAGAAUUUCUGUGCCUUCAUCUACUAGCACUAUGAAGAUUGGCCCAUUGACUGGCAGCUCUCAGGGAAGAAGCAGUCCUGCACUGACUUUAAUGGCAGGAUCUGUAACCAACAUACAGGCUACUGAAAUUUCCUUGCAACAAGUGAAUCCCAGUGAAAGCUCGGGGGUUGCAUCGAGUGAAAGCAUUCCUCAAACUGCCUCACAACCUUCUAUUUCACCAUCACCAAAGCCCAUGGUCCCCAGAGUGGUUUCUUCAACGUGUCUUGUAAGCAUCCACCCAGAUCUUCAGGAAACACAGCAACAAACAUACCGAAUCCUAUAA